AUGGGUGACAUUUCGUUAAACACGCGCUACCUUAGCACCAAUCGUGGUAUCAUCAAAAUUCUGCAAAUCGUCUGUGGCUUCGUCAUCUGCUCGUUGCUCUGCGCUCAGUGGUACGGCGGUAGAUCGUGUUUUGGUGAAGGUCGACUUGGGUUCUGCUCGGCUCUGAACUUCAUAUGCGUCGUCAUCAACAUUGUUCUGCUCGUGCUCAACUUCCUAAAUAUUGGAGCAUGGGGACUUGAGAGGAUCUACUCAGUGAUUUGCACUGUUCUCUUUCUAAUCGCCUCGGCGCUGGUCAUAUGGUUCAUAAUCGAGUACAACACAUCUCGUUCGACUCUUAUUGCUACUGCAGCGCUGAUGGUUUGCCAAUUUUUCCUCUUCCUCUGGGAUGUGAAGAUUCUUCAGGGUGAAGCAUCGAACUGA